AGUGAGGAACUCCGGCGUGCCACCUGUUAAAGGCGCCUGUCCAGAUCAUCCUCACGACCCCGUCGUCGCUAUCACUGUGUAUCGAGUUCUGUCACAUCUUCGGUUUUAUUCGUCUCAUCUCAGUUCAGACGGUUUUAAUAUUGACGACUCGCGAUCGACUCGGAGUCGGAAGUCACCGGCAAAGUCACCCCUCGCACAUCUUCACGUCUUCCUUGAAAGAGAAAAUUCAUUCAUUCCCGCUUCUUUAUUUUCGGCAAAAAAUCGCGGAGAGAUUACUAAUCCAGGAUUCUUCUCCGGGCCGGUCCUUCCACGGAAUCUUCGCAAAUUCAACAAAUGAACGUUGUUAAUUUACAUUCUUCUUGCACGAUGAUAUUGCUCGGCAUUCUGGCGUCUACGACGAUAAUCGGCCUCACAAGUUCCGCUCCUCUAUCAUCGUACGAAAGAAGGGAUAUGUCGGAUGAUGGUCCCAAAAUUUUCCUCUUGAUGGAUGAAAGGGUACCAGAACUGGAGAAGGAGAUACUUGGCAACGAGCUCGGAUCGGACGUGACGCGCGUCAAGAGAAUCGGGUCCCUGUCGAUCGUCAACAACUUGGAUGUGCUAAGGCAGAGGGUCCUGCUGGAGCUCGCUCGUAGGAAGCAGGAGCAAGAUUUGCGACAGAUCCAGGAAAAUCGCCGUGUUCUCGAGAAUAUCGGCAAGCGAUCGGUGCCGGGAUCGGACGCCGGCAGGAUCGCGAGAUCCGGCAAAUCGAGAAAUGAUCAUCGUGACAGGCCUGCAGUGUCCAACAGGAUCGAGUGGAUCGAAGAGGAUGAUCCGUUGUUUCGCGGAUCGCAAGACGGUCGGAUGGCCAGAGUGCAGGCUAAUGAACUACGCCUGUUGUAACCGCGUCCUCGACCUGCAAAGAAAAACUCCAGAUCCGAUAUCUUAGCUCUAUUGCUAUAUGCGACUUUUAACGACCAUCAUUAUUGUGAUAAGUUAUUUUAUUGAUUGUCCUUGUUUUUCGUUUAUCCGUAUUUCUCGCGUAACAAGUAGUUUACGAAUUAAUGGCAGUUGCAACAGGCGAUACAAAUGUCUGAAUUUUACGAUUAGUGUAUAACAAGUGUGAGCAAAUCCAAUUGAGGAAUCGAAAUAUUUUCGACUUCUUUUCUAUAUAAUUCUACUAAUUUUAGCGUUUAUUUAUUGAGUCAGGUUGUAAUAUAUUAAUGCGUAAUACUACAUUUGGUUUGGCAAGAAUAAAAAAUAGCGAUUGUAUUGUUCGAAGAUUACGUACGAUGAUAGAUUUGUGACCAUUGCGCGUAAUGUUUCUCCAAACAAACGUGCAAAGAUCUGAGAGCUUUAUUUCAGAGCUUUUCUUAUUGUUCCUUUCUAUAUCUUAGCUUCUUCGGACAUGGAGAAAGGUGUAACAAAGCAGUAUUAUACAUUGUGAUCUUGUCUAAGCUCUUCUAUUACGCAGAGAAUACCCUCGUUCCUCUUAGCGUAUUUAAUUGUAUCCGCAGCAUUUAUCAAUUAUUCGCAUUUGCAGAAGACAAGGCGAUAUGAGAGCGACGUGAGUUGAUUGAACUUACAAUUUUACUUUUGCCAACCCCAAUAUAAAUGUACAAAUACUUUAUUAUAUCGAUAGCGAUACCGCCUCUUGUGUAUGCCAGCAUUGAUCGUUGAAUGCCAGAAGCAUUUGGCUGCAUGUAUGUACCUGCAGUUUGCAACUCUGAAUGAUAUCUAUUUUCUGCAUAGUGUGUUAAUCAAAAAAAUUGUUCAUGAAUCGAAGAAAGAAUUACCUAAAUCUUGUAAGAGAAUCCGGAAAUCACACAGAUAUAUUGUUUAAUGUUGAAAGGAGACUAUUAUAUAAUACAUAAGAUCGAUGAAGUACAAUAGAUGUAUUCUACAUACUAAUUUAAAAAUAGUUUUAUGUGUAUCUUGUUCUUUUUUUUAAUUUUAAUUUAAUUUUGAUUACUGAUAACUAUAUGAUUGUUUUUUUUUUUUUUAAUUUUGAUUACUGUUAAUUAUACGAUUAUUCCAUUUCUUUUGGCUAUUAUAUAUUUACUCAGUUAUUAUUUAUCGUAACAAGAGUACAAAAGCAGCGAUUAUCGAACAAAUUGUUUAAAAUAAUAUACUGGAUUGAAGGUAUCGCGGAAAAAUAACGGCAAAAAUAAAAUGUCUAUGUAUUAUUACUAUAAUUAUUUAAUAUUCGAUACGAUACGAUUAUGAUUAUGCCACACAAGAAUAUCUUAAAAAAUUUAUAAUUUUAAUGUUUCAUCAAAAUGCUAACUUAGGAUAUCCAAGAAAAAUGUAGUUAUUAAGUCUCUUUCAAUAAUAUCCAUCUCUCAGUGUUAUAUAUAGAACUUAGAAUAUAUGGAGAGACUUUUUUUCUUGGAAGUCUUCUUUAUUAUUAAAAACUAAUUUAAAUAUUAUGUCAAAAAUAUAUUUGUCAAGAAACGAUUUAUAUAAUAUGUUGAAAUAUGUAUAUUACACAUAUGGAUUUUGUAGCGCGAUAAAUUAUUAUUUAUUUACAGAAAUUUAAUUAAACAUAUAACUUUUUUUAGAUCGUCUGCUAUUAAUUGGUUAUGACGAAAUAUCAAAUCGGUGGCAGCUAAUGGAAAUACUGAGUUAUUAGUGAUACACGUUAUUAGUGAUACACGUAACUAAUGAUAAUAAAUUUCGUUUAAAAUCA